AAUUUACAUACGAUUACAUAAUUUACAUAGAAAAUAACGAUUAUCUUUAUUGAUUCAUAAUGCACAUAAGAUAAUUGACCAUAUUCACUUCAUUUCAUAUAUAAAACUAUAUUUAUUCAUUUCAUUUCACAUAUAAAAUAUAAAACUCUUUCAUUUCGAUAAUUAUAUGUACAUGUAUGAAGGAAAUAUUUAAUGGUUAUUUUUAAUAAUUAAAUAAAAGAUUUUAUUAAAAUUUUUUUAAAAAAUGUCAAUAAGACGUGGUGCUUUAGUAGUUUUAGAAGGUUGUGAUAGAGCAGGAAAAUCUACUCAGGCGAAAAUGUUAAUAACUGCUUUAAAUAACUGUAAUAUUCCUGUUGAAUUAUAUGGCUUUCCUAAUAGAACAACUGCAAUUGGAGAGAUAAUAAAUAAUUUUUUGACUAAAAAAAUAGAACUUCCUUCUGAAACAGUACAUUUAUUGUUUUCUGCAAAUCGAUGGGAAUGUAAAGAUGAAAUUUUGAAAACUUUAUAUAAAGGAACUACUCUUAUUAUUGAUAGAUAUGCUGCUUCUGGUGCUGCUUAUACAGCAGCUAUAACUGGAAAAAAUUUAAAUUGGUGCAAAGAACCUGACAGUGGAUUGCCUUCUCCAGAUCUAGUUAUUUAUCUUUCAAUUUCCAAAAAAUCUCAAAGUUUACGUAGUAAUUGGGGAGAUGAACGUUUUGAAAAUGUUGAACUUCAAGAACUUGUUGCUUCUAAUUAUGAAAAAUUAAUAGACAAAACAUGGUAUGUAAUUAAUGCAGAUAAUGAUAAAUCAGUAAUACAUUCUCAAAUAUUAGAAAAAGUAAUAAAUACUAUAAAGAAUAUUGAACAUUUGCCUAUAGAAAAAUUAUAUGAAUCUGAUAAAAAUAGUUAAUAUUAAUAAUAUAGAAUUAAGUAUAAGAAA